AUGAUCGGCUCAGUCGCCAGCAUUCGUGUCUGUCGUGAUGCCGUCACGCGUCGCUCGCUCGGCUACGCCUAUGUCAACUUUAUGAACGCUGCAGACGGCGAACGUGCACUCGAGCAGCUCAACUACACACCGAUCAAGGGCAAGCCAUGCCGCAUCAUGUGGUCUCAGCGCGACCCCGCAUUGCGCAAGACAAGCCUCGGCAAUAUAUUCAUCAAGAACCUAGACGAGUCUAUUGAUAACAAGGCUCUCCAUGAUACGUUCGCUGCCUUUGGCAAUAUCCUCUCCUGCAAAGUCGCUCUCGAUGAGAAUGGCCUCAGCAAGGGCUACGGCUUUGUGCACUACGAAGGUGGUGAAGCCGCCGAAGCCGCCAUCCAAGCUGUCAACGGCAUGUUGCUCAAUGACAAGGUUGUCUAUGUCGGUCAUCACGUUCCCCGUCGCGAGCGACAAGCCAAGAUUGACGAGGUCCGCUCCAACUAUACGAAUCUCUACGUCAAAGGACUCGCGCCGGAGAUCAGCGAAGCCGAGUUCAGUGAACUCUUUGCAAAGUACGGCCAGGUCACCUCAGCGGUCCUCCAGGUCGAUCAGGAUGGCAAGAGCAAAGGCUUCGGCUUUGUCAACUUUGCCGAUCACGAGGCAGCUGCCAAGGCACUGACAGAGUUGCACGACUCCGAGCAUAAGGGUCAGACUCUCUAUGUCUCGCGCGCUCAGAAGAAAGGCGAGCGCGAAGAAGAGCUCAAGAAGUCGUAUGAGCAGCAAAAGUACGAUAAGUCGCUCAAGUACCAAGGUGUCAACCUGUAUGUCAAGAAUCUCGAGGACGAUAUGGACGAGGAGAAGGUCACUGCCGAGUUCGCUGCCUUUGGCACCAUUACUUCGACCAAGAUCAUGCGCGAUGAAAAGGGCGCCAGCAAGGGCUUCGGCUUUGUCUGCUUCUCCUCGCCUGACGAAGCGACAAAGGCUGUUACAGAGCUCAAUGGCAAGAUGUUCGGUCAGAAGCCGCUCUAUGUCUCUCUCGCUCAGCGUAAGGACGUUCGCAAGCAGCAGCUCGAAGCACAACUCGCCCAGCGCAAUCAGAUUCGCUCGCAGCAGCUCGCAGCGUCUGGCAUUCCUCCCAACAUGCCGCCUUAUGGCAUGCCGCCCAAUCAGAUGUACUAUCCCGGACCUGGUGGCUACCCUCAACAGCGUGGCAUGAUGUACCCUCCCCAGGGCAUGCCCGGAAUGCCGCCCCGUCCUCGCUACGCUCCUGCAGGUGCUAUGCCAGGCAUGCCGAUGGGCUAUCCCCCUCAAGGAUACCCCGGACCGUACGGCCCCGGCCGACCGGGACCUCAAUCUCGCUAUUCCAUGCCGCCCAAUGGAAUGCCAAACGGUAUGCCACCUCAGCAGAUGGGCAUGCGUGGACCUCCUGGACAGAUGGGACCGAACGGAGGCAUGCCGCCUCGACCUGGUCAGCCUCUUAUGCAAGGCCAGCCUCCUCGGGCCGGUCCACCUGCUGCUGCGGGUGCUCGUGCUGGUUUCAAGGCUCAGCCUGCUCAGCGUGGCGCGCCCGAGAACGCAGCUCAGCAGACUGCUGCGGCACUUGCCAACGCUUCGCCUGCAGAACAGAAGCAGAUCAUCGGCGAGAUGCUCUAUCCGCUCAUUCUCGAGACUCGCCCUGAGCAAGCGGGCAAGAUCACGGGCAUGCUGCUCGAGAUGGACGCCGGCGAACUUCUCAUGCUGAUCGACAGCCGCGAAGCGCUGGACGUCAAGAUCGCCGAAGCACUCGCUGUUCUGGAGCAGUACCAGGCUCAGCAGGAAGGCGGCGAGCAAGGCGCUGCGCCCACGGAGGAGCCUGCAGCCGUCGCUGCAUGA